GGUACAGAGCCUUGCUCUUCCACCCACCUUAGUAGACUCAGAACCGCGCCUGAGCAGUACCACACACCUUGGUGCUGUUUCUUUAGAGAACAUCAGGUCGCGUUGAAAUCGUAGAAGACCGCGCGCUGCCUACCCCGUUGGCACGCGUCGAUUGCUUCAUAGGUCCUACGCUCUGAGUCUACUGUUAGAACAGCGUCUGCGGUAUCGCGGCACUGUGCGACGGCUCGACUCCCAAGCCGAUUUAGAAACAAGCCACUCGACGCUGCUCCAUCAGUCUGCCGACCCUUUGCAGACUUCCUGGCACGUCCUUAGCACCUCCGCCCCCAACUACUUUCCAUCACCGGUCCCAUCCGACCAACCCGAACUCGCAAUCACCACCAUGAUUCGAGGAUCUCCUCGCCUCUACGGAGGCGUGCUGCUGGUAAUGGUCGCGGCAGCAAUGUUGCUCGCGGCCCCGGCCAGCGCUGAUUCUGAGUACUUUGGCCUUCGUGGCGGUGGCCGCGUCCUUCACCAGAAGAAGGCCAAGGCCAAGGCCGCCCCCACCCCCUCCCCUGCCGCCACCUCCCCCGCUCCCAAGCUGGUCUUCCCUCCCCUAUGCAACUGCGAGCGCAACCCGCGCAAGUCGCCCUUCCGUAUGAGCCUGGACGACGCCGCCUCGGCCGGCGGCGUGUACUGCUUCACAAUCCAGAACGUUGGCGGCUGCGACCCCACGCAAAAGUGCUGCGACGGCACGCAGGGCGUGUCUAAGGUGGAGCUCGAUGUCGUUGCUUCCUGCAAGGACUCUGUUCGCAACGUGACUGUGGACGGCAAGAAGUGGUCGUACGAGUUUAACACCGCGCUCUCAGUGAUCCGUAUCACCAACCUUGGCAAGACGGCCUCCACUGCCGCCGGCACUGAGGUCUGCCUUGCUCUGGCGCCCAAGUCGCAGUGCCCCGGCCUGGCCCAGCUGUGCAGCGCCGGUGCCGGCCUGUGCAAGUAUGCGCUCUUCAACCAGGACCGCGACUGCUGCCCCGUCUCCAUCCUCGGCAACGCCCCUCCCCCGCCCCCCUCCCCCUCUCCCCCUUCUCCUCCUUCCCCCUCUCCUCCUCCCCCUCCCAGCCCCCCUCCCCCUCCUCCGCCCACUCCCUCUCCCCCUCCCCCCGAGCUGCCCCCCGCCCAGCCCGACGCCCCGGCUCGCAAGCGCCCUCCUCCCCCGGCUUCCCCUCCCCCUCCCCGCUCGGACUUCCCCUUCUGCCAGUGCCAGCGCAACGCCCGCGGCUCGCGCCUCAUGACCACCGCCUCGAACAACAUCACCGUUGUGAACGGCCUCACGCGCAUUUGCUUCAACGUGGCUCUCAAGGACGUCUGCGAGAACCCCAACUCCAAGUGCUGCGAGUUUGAGCUGUACAAGAUGGAGAUCGAGGCUGACCCGACCUGCGCCGACGCCCUCGCCUACACCUCUGUGGACGGCGCAACGCGCGCCAAGUUCUUCCAGACGCGUCCCUACCCAGUAAUCAAGAUCACCAACAUUGACAAGCCAGCCAACACGGUGGAUGGCACCGAGGUGUGCCUGUUCAUGUCGAGCAAGUGCAAUACCCUUGAGAAGCUGUGCUCGUUCCACGACGGCACCUGCACCGUCGCGCUCUUCAACAAGCCCGGCUCCAGCGCCACCAGCUGCUGCCCGCUGACGACUGUGUCGUAACGGUCCGCGACUGCUGCUUGAGGUAGUAGCUAGCAGCCUGCAUCGGCUGCUGCUACGAAAUAAUUACUUACGGCUUACAUGAGAAAACCUCAACUCAAUCCAUGCCGUACCAAGCAAGCAGCGAUUCGGACCUGACCGUACAUAGGAUGACUACGGCUGGUAUGUAGCAGUUGUGUGAAACGCGGGUCUGUGUGCGCACGUGCAUGUGUAGCGGCUCCUGCCGCCUGAAUAAGGCCCGGUGGGGCGGUGCGCAUGCAUGCAGGCUGAGCUUGUUCAAUGUUGGUGUGAUGUGGUUCACUAGGUAGGCAUGCACGAGGUAGGCAGAACUGGCGGGGCAAUGCGGUAAAGAGCAGGCGUAGGUAGCAGUUGCUGACGGUUGGACUGGUCGCUGAUGACUGGGUUUGCAGUUUGCACCAGGGACAACACUCACUUUCAUCCGACCGCUAUGCAGAAAGAAGCAAGCAGCAUAUGGUGUGCGCGCACGUAUAUUCAUCAUUAAGAUUGCCGAAUGCUGCUAGGUCCGCACAUAGGCGAGCGAGUCCCAUGCCGCAUAGCACGGAGGAAGAGGGGCGUGUGAGGCGAGAGCAAGCGGCAACGCGAGGCAUAGAGUUUGCAAGGAGACAGCAUGGCGUGCCCACGGCACACACGGUACCACCGCACAUAUAUUGGGCCCUGCCCCAAAGCACGUGUAACUGGUGAGUGCC